AUGACACCAAAAAUUAAGGGUACUGUUAUUCCACUUGAACCAAACCUUCGGGUUUUGGGUCACUAUCCUUGGUCAGAUCGAAUUGUCAACGCAGACGUCAAUGAUAAGAUUGAGAAACUGCGACUCUCUCUCAAAUACCUACCUGUGCGAAGAUUGGAACCUCUCAACUUGAAAAAGGUUAUCCAUGCCAAAGCCAUCUCUCUCUUCACUCACCUCUCUAAAACAAAUUUCAUUUCCAAGAAACAUCUCGAGUCCAUUAACUCAAGCAUUCGGUCCGCAAUUAAAAGACGAAUGCUCAUCGAUGUGAGAACUCCUUCAGGUUUCUUUCAUCUCCCAACAACACUUUCUGGUUUGGACAUUCCUUCAAUUGUGGAAUUUAUUGAGCAUAUUCACCUUCGAACCUUGAUGCUCAUGGCCAACCAACAAUCUCAUCAGAAAAGCCUACGUCUUCGGAAUGUCGCAUCACAAGGACAGUACAACAUCUCUGUCCAACUCAACAAUCAACAAUUUUCACUUCCUCAACUCUCAGGAACUAACUUUGAAAUUCACACUGAUGGAUCCCGACAGAAUGGUAAAUCUGGAAUGGGAAUCAACAUUUACGACCACAGUCACACUCCAAAACUAUUACACUCACACUCUCUCAGAAUUCAUGAUGGAUAUUCACACAACAUUGCUGAACUCGCAUCCAUCCUUACUUCUAUUCAUCUUAUACCGAACCGCUCCAAAGCAACCAUCCAUACAGACAGUCAAGUUGCAAUCCAAGCUCUCAAAAAGAACUAUCGAGGACGAUUCCUCCUCUUCUAUCGAGAAUUUCAGAAAAUUAUUAGAGCUAGAAGUCUUCAAAUUUCUCUAAAGAAAGUAAAGGGACAUAAGGACCCUGAGAAUAUUAAGGUCGACGCUCUAGCCAGACAAAGUCUCUCACAACCCACAAUUUUCGACAUCAGACAACUCUUUGGUAAACAACGACUUCUUACCAAGACAGAUAUCAUCAUUUUCAAUCAAAGAGAAAUGACACAGACCUUUCACCACAAGAAAAUGACAACAAAAUUAGAUGACAAUCCCAACCUCAUUGAUCAUGUUCAUUGA